AUGGCGGCCCAGGAGGCAGAGAAGGCCGCCAAAAAGAAAUUGACUGUGUUUCUCAAUGAAAUGCUGAAAGUGGGCACAGUCAGAGGAUUCAAAUAUUUUGUUAUGUAUAUGCGAGGAAGAGAAGAAAUGAUUUGUAGGGUACAGAAUGAACCAUUGACGCCGUCUGAGAGUGAACAAAACACCCCACUGAGUUUCUCAUUCAGUGGCAGUCUCAAUGCCGCAAAUAUGCCUUUUGAUGAGGGGUCCUUGAUGUUAUCUGCAAGAACACAGAAAAGUCUAAGUGGAUUUGCAGAGAUUGAUGUGGGCCUUCCACCAGCAUCACCAGUUGAGAGGGAAAUUGCACAGUCUGACGAUAACUCCACCCUAUUCUUAAUAGCUGGCUAUGCACGCUAUGGAUGUCCAUAUGUGUGGGUUAGAUCAAACCAUGAAAGGCUUGUUAAACUGAGUGGUAAUGAAUCUUUCAACAAAGACAGUCCUUUGAAACUUAAAACAACAGCACACUGGUCAGAACGAGAAAACAAAAUCUGGGAUAUAAUGGCAGAGUUGGUGAAGAUUUGUACCUUGCCAAUUCCAAGAAAUCCAUUCGCUGUGGACAUUGAAUAUUUUGAUCAAUUACCAUUAAUGGAGCGUAUCUUAGCAACUGGUGCCAUGGCAAACUUCCUCCAAAAAGUAUUGAGCUGUAAUCCAGAUAAACCAUACAGUAGUCAUGUUGUAAAAGAUUUGGAUGAGAUUACAAAGAAACAUUUUACUGACAUGCAGACAUAUGUGCAACAACUGAAGCAGCAACCAUCCGAAGUGAUGCAGUCUCACUGUGCAGCAAAGUAUGCUCUGCAGUCGCAACAACAAACAGUAGCACAACAAUUGCAACCAGUGGUGCAGCAGCAGCAGCAAACACAACAGUCACAAUCACAGCAAUCUCAACAAGUAGUGCAACAACCAACAGAACAGCAGCAAAGUCAGUCUGUGCAAUAUAAUCUAUACAAAAGUAGUGGAGGCUUAACUAAGAGGGCACAUGCACAAUAUUAUUAAACCACAAAUUAUCCAAAUCUUCAUGCAAUAUUUUUCCUUUACAGUUUUCACCAUUUUAAUGAGUGAAUGAGUAAAACAGUAAUUUUCAUGUCAAAUGUUUCAUUAGUAUGUCUUUCAAAUUAUUCUUUCGACUGUACUGAAAUAUGUAUGUUUUGUCAAGACUCAUUUCGUUCAUUUAGUAACAAAUAAUGUACAUAUUCUAUGUGUCAGAUGCAUAAACCUAUUUUACUGAGACCCAUUUAGGCAUAUUAAAUUUUCAUGAUAAAAGUAUGGAUUUUAGGAAGAAAUGGCUUGCUACAUUUAGUAAUAAAACCUUUAUGGUUAUUCUGGUCUUCACAUUAAAAUGUUUAUUGAGUCCUUCACUUCAUUCUUAGAAGUCUGUUCAAGUAAUGUUAUUGUCAAUGUCAAGUUUUUCACGUUGCACAUACCGAGCGUAAUAAGCAGCAUAAUUUGUUUUCAAAACUUUUGAUCAAGACAUGUAAUCAACAGAAAAUUAUAUCCAUUUGGA